ACUACAACCACUACAACCACCACCAAGCAACGCAACUCGCACCACGUGCCCCCCGCAUCACUCAGAGAAAGAAAGAAAGGGCGAGAGAAAGAGCCUCGUUCGAGAUUCCGCCGUUUUCGCUACCGCUUGCCUCCUCCAGGAAAUACCGAAGAUCACCAGCCACAACCCGAGUAUCUACCAACCACCAAACACCCAACCGCCAACCAUCAACCACCACACCCAGCCAAUACCAAGCAGAAGCUACUGCAGAUAAGCGAAUAUGGGAAAGACUCAAUCCAAGCUCACCCAUGAACAGCUCACGGAGCUUCAGCAGGCGACUCUGUUCGAGCGCAAGGAGCUGCAGCAGUGGUACAAGGGCUUCCUCAAGGACUGUCCGUCGGGCUCAUUGAACAAGUCGGAGUUCCAGAAGAUCUACAAGCAGUUCUUCCCGUUCGGAGAUCCGACCACGUUCGCCGACUAUGUGUUUAACGUGUUCGAUGCGGAUCGCUCGGGAUCGAUCGACUUCAAGGAAUUCAUUGUCGCGCUGAGCGUCACCUCCCGUGGCACCCUCGAGGAUAAGCUCAACUGGGCUUUCCAGCUCUAUGAUAUCGACGGCGAUGGCGAGAUUAGUUACGACGAGAUGCUGCAGAUUGUCGAGGCUAUCUAUAAGAUGGUCGGAUCGAUGGUCAAGCUCCCCGAGGAUGAAGAUACACCACAGAAGAGAGUGGCCAAGAUCUUCCGGAUGAUGGACAAAGACGAGAACGGAAGCUUGACGCUCGACGAGUUCCGCGAGGGAAGUCAGAAGGAUGCGACAAUAGUGUCAGCUCUCUCCCUAUACGACGGCCUAGUCUAGCAUCGGUAUCGACUUUCUUCACCGUCUUUCCCCCGUGCUUUUGAAAUACCCUUUUUGCGAUGAUCAGUUGGUUUUUCGGGCGGGUGUGCGCGGCACGUUUGGUGACCAUACUUAGCGGCGCGGGGGAAGUAGGGAGGUUUGAAAUGAGAAAUGGUCAUGCUGUCCGGUCCAUUGGCGCCUUGUUUUAGUUCCUUGAAACCACGAUAUGAAAUCGAAUCACGGGGUGUUUUCUUUCAGGAGGCAGCUUUUUUUUUUUCUUUCUUCUUUUUCUUUUCUACACUUCUCUUUGUCUUUUCUUUUCUUUUCUUUUCUUGCUUUAGGGAUAUAAAUGGUG